UGCAAACAAAAGGAUUCCGUUGCAACCAAUCUGUAUCCCCUCUCGCUUUUAUUGCUGCUCCGUUCUUUCUUACUAUUUCUUCCUCGUUUGCUUCGUCCCCGCGGCGACAACGAACGAUCCACCAGCGCCACUUCCAGCCAAGUCGUCUACUCCGCGUGAGCGCGUCCACGCCCCCAAUCCCAAUCCCCUCUGCUCGCGGCCGCCCACGCUUCCUCCGCCGCCGCCGGCUCUCGCUCCAUGAUGAAGGACAAGAUGAAGGAGUUCAUGAAGAAGGUCACCUCCUCCGGGUCCGGGACCGCCGCCUCCUCCUUCAAGGGCACAUCCCACGUCCUCGGCUCCGGCUCCGGCUCCUCCCCCUCCCCCUCCCACCCCGCUGCCCGCCCCUCAAACCCUAGCCCAAACUCCAGGCCUGUUGCCUCUAAGCGGCCGUCGCCACCUCCUCCCCCGCCCCCCACUUCUGCCACCGAUUUCACCCCCUUCACGCCCCUCGUCUCCUCCUCCUCCCGCCGCCCCGACGCGAACGGCACCGCGGCCGUCGCGUGCCCCAGCUGCGGAGACGCGUUCCCGUCCGAGCUCGCCGUCUCCGACCACCUCGACGGCUGCCUCGCGUCGGCGGGGGGCGCCCGCGCGCGCGCCGCCGCGUACCUCGCCGCCGACCCGCCUCCGCCCGCGGCCUCGGUAGAGGUGGUCAAACGCCUGCUGGGCAAUCUGCUCCGGGAGCCCGGCAACGAUAAGUUCAGGAAGGUGAGAUUGAGCAACCCGCGGAUCAAGGAGGCCCUGGCGGACAGGGAUGGUGGGGUGGAGCUCCUGGAGGCCGUCGGCUUCACGGUCGGGGAUGAGGGCGGGGAGCCCUUCGCCGUGAUGGACCAAGUGCCAAGCGAGGCGAAGCUCAACGGGAUCAGGAGGGCCGUCCUCCUGCUCGAGGGGCAACACCCCUCUGCGCCUCCAGUGAAGGCGGAGGCUGAGGCCAAGGAGAGCUGCAGCAAUGUGGCUCAUGUGCAGGAAGGUGCUAAGACUAUUGAUCGGCAGAUUCGGGUAUUUGUCUCUGUUCCUGGGAGUUCUGUGGCACAAAAUGACGUACCAGAUUCUUUUUACAAGCUUAGUGGUGAGGAGAUAAGGAAUGAAGCAAAGAUGAGGAGGGAAAGAUUAGAACAAUCUCGAUUGCUGAUACCAAAGUCUUACAAGGAGAAGCAGGCACUGGCUGCUCGACAGAAGUAUAAACAAGCAGUCAUUCGAGUUCAGUUUCCAGAUAGAAUGAUUCUUCAGGGUGUAUUCCUACCAGGAGAGGCCACUAGUUCACUGUAUGAGUUCGUCACAUCUGCUCUGAAGCAACCAGGUUUGGAAUUCGAACUUAUCUCUCCAGCCAUUCCUAAGCCACGUGUGGUGCCUCAUUUUCCAAACCCGGGAGAGCGGGCACGCACCCUUCAAGACGAGGAGCUGGUCCCUUCCGCGCUCCUCAAGUUCAUUCCCCAGGAGACUGAUUCCGUGGUUUUCACCGGUUUGCUUGAUGAGCUUCUCAUGGCCAGUGAGCCGCUUCCUCCUGCAUCACAAUGAACUGUGUGAAAAUAGCACUCCAUUUGGUGGGCUGCUGACUUCUAUUGAGUUUUCUGCAUAAUGUAGAUGAUUUCGUUUUUUCCCUGCCGAGUUUCUCUUACAUCAGACUUGUAAAAACACAGGGUUACUUAGAUAACAACACAUACCUGCAUUGGCUGACAAUAUCUUGAGGAAAGGCUACUCGAGAAUUCGUUAGGCCCAUGCUGAACUGGAUCUGAACUGGGCUGGGCUGGACUGGACUGUAAAACUCCAAUACAUGGAAAGAUUGAUUGAUUUGGCUGUCGGAGGCCCAAAUUUCUGUGCUCUUCAAUUG